CUUUCUGCUGGAAUUCUAUUCCAUAAAUGAUUUUCACAGCAUAUUUCAGCUACCAAAGCAAUGUAAAUACUAACAAUUCAAUUUGUUCAACUACAGUUUCGGUUUCCUGAGAAAAUUCUCUUUAUUUUCCUGGAAAUUAUCUCCAGAAAGUUCUGCUCACCGAUCAGUAACAAAGGAUUGUUUUAGUUUUUAUUUCAAAGUAAACAUGAUUGGAUCAACGGAUUUUAUUGAUGAGAUAGAUUGUGGAAGCUUCUUUAAUGACCUCAUCGACUUCCCUAACGGAGAUGUCGAACUCGAAGCCUUCCACUCCACCGCUGCCACUGACGCCGCCUUGUUUCCUGCCAUUUGGACAACUCAGCACGAGUCAUUACCUUGUUCUGACUCAGUUUUCUCCCACAACAGUGCUUCAGACCCCUCCCCUGAACUCUUUGUUCCGUAUGAAGAUAUUGUUCAAUUGGGAUGGAUGUCAAACUUGGUUGAAGAUUCUCACCAUGGAGCAAGCUUAAUGACCAAGAAAGAAGAGUCAUCUUCGAUCAUUGAGGCAUCCUAUCAUCAAUUCCGGACUUGCAGUCCCGUUUCGGUUCUUGAAAGUAACAGUUCGAGCACAGGAGCUAAAACGUCGCUGGACAGUCCUGAAACAGCUGCUCCCAGGAAGCGUGGACGAGCACAAAGCAAACGUCCUCGUCUGACCACCUUCAAUCAUCUACCGGUAGGUCAGCCAAUCUCCCCAACUUCAUCUGUCAACGAGAGCGACAUUCCUCAGCCAUUUGCUAUCCCGAAGGAGCCAUUGGAUUCUGAGAAUUAUGCCGAGUCUCGACUUCUAAUCAAAUUACCGAAACAAGUUAAUCUGGAACAUAAGAAGGUGAAGACCAAGCUAUCACCUUCAUCUUCGGCAGCCAUUGCAGAUAAUAGUCAAAACCCAGCAAGACAAGUUGUUAGGAGAUGUAUGCAUUGUGAGAUAACAAAGACGCCACAAUGGAGGGCAGGGCCAAUGGGUCGGAAAACCCUUUGCAAUGCUUGCGGCGUCCGAUACAAGUCCGACAGGCUCUUCCCAGAGUACAGGCCUGCCGCAAGUCCGACGUUUGUUCCGUCAUUGCACUCGAAUUCUCACAAGAAAGUUGUGGAGAUGAGAACCAAAAGUAGUUCACUAGCGCCUACCACAACAAUGAGUGACAACAAUCCAGCAGAGUUGAUUCCAAAUAAAAGCAACCCAGCAUUGGGUUAUAUAUAAAGCAUAUUGCCACUUAUCUUCUCUAGAACUGAUUUUUCUGUAGCUUGCGCUUGAAGCAAUAUAAGGGGUUUUUGUGCAA